GCGUGCGGACUACAGCUCCCGGCAUGCCCGGCGCACACCGUCCGCGGCGCGGAGCCGAGGAUGCAGACGCCGAGGGGGGCGAUGAGGAUGGAGGCUGGGGAGGGAGCGCGGCCGGCGGGGGCGGGUGGCCGCGCCGCGGGCGGUUGGGGCAAGUGGGUGCGGCUCAACGUGGGGGGCACAGUGUUCCUGACCACCCGGCAGACGCUGUGCCGGGAGCAGAAGUCCUUCCUCAGCCGCCUGUGCCAGGGGGAAGAGCUGCAGUCGGAUCGGGAUGAGACCGGGGCCUAUCUCAUCGACCGUGACCCCACCUACUUUGGGCCCAUUCUGAACUUUCUCCGACAUGGCAAGCUGGUCCUGGACAAGGACAUGGCGGAGGAGGGGGUCCUGGAGGAGGCUGAGUUCUACAACAUCGGCCCGCUGAUCCGCAUCAUCAAAGACCGGAUGGAGGAGAAGGACUACACAGUGACACAGGUGCCACCCAAGCACGUGUACCGCGUGCUGCAGUGCCAGGAGGAGGAGCUCACUCAGAUGGUCUCCACCAUGUCUGACGGCUGGCGUUUCGAGCAGCUGGUGAACAUCGGCUCCUCCUACAACUACGGCAGCGAGGACCAGGCGGAGUUCCUGUGUGUGGUGUCCAAGGAGCUACACAGCUCCCCGAACGGCCUGAGCUCAGACUCUAGCCGCAAGACCAAGAGCGCGGAGGAGCAGCUGGAGGAGCGGCAGCGGCAGGAGGAGGAGGUGGAGGAGGUGGAGGUGGCACAGGUGCAGGUGGAGGCAGAUGCCCAGGAGAAAGCUAUUACAAGCCAGAGGCACCCGGAUGUGAGGCCCCAGACCACCUGCAGGGACGGGGGGUUGCGAUCCGAAAUCCUUUAUUUUUGUACCACGGGGUGGGCCCCUGGCCCCAGAAGGAAGAAGCACUCUCCCCCCUGCCACUUCUGUCUACACCUGCGGGGCUGUGACUUACCCCUGCCUCUGGCAGCGGGCUGGGGGCUGCCUAGGACCUCACAAGGCCUACGGUGGGCCCUUGGCCCUGUGGGCAGAGCCGCCUGCCCCUGGCCCAAGCGUGGCACUGUCCGUCUGUGUCUGCCAGGCCCCCUUGUGCCCUUGCCCGGGCCCCCCUGCUGCAUGGUGGAUGUACUCCCCCCUGGCCCCGUCACAUCACCUCCUUGAGCCUCAGUUUCCCUGUCAGCGGGGUAACCCUCCUGCCCGCCUACCUCACAGGGCUGUGGGGUGCAGCAAGGAGCAGAGUCCCUGAAAGCCCUCAGGAGUCGGACUGCCCUUGUCUCCCCCAGGGGUGCCCAGCCUAACCCCAAAGCAGGACACUGUUGGCCAAUAGAGAUUCAGGUGUUGGGGGUCAGGGCAUGGAGAUUCCACCCUUUCCAAUGGAAGGGGUGAGUGACUUGCCUUCACCGUGGCUGUCCCCAUGCCCACCCAUGUGCGUGGCUACAGAGCACCCUGCCCAGCCAGAGGGGCCGGGAGCAGCUCAGGAACUUGUGAUGAGGCUGGCUAGGACAGGCUGUGUCAGGGGCCCUCCGUGUGUGACCUCCAGGAUGGGUGCUGACCUCUCAGCUGUGGCCCACCCCUUCACAGAAUAAACUGAAGAAACAGCC